CUGCGCGAGGAUUCCGUCUUCCUGCCUAAGGCACCAAACCCGAUCCCCGAAAACAACAUCAAACCUGUCUUCUUUGCUUCUAUCUCUUCCACCCCCGUCCAUCCACCUUUUCCCAAUCAGCUUGUCACUGAUCUUAAUCUGUGAUCCCUGCUCGUCACCCUCUUUUCCAUUACUUCCUGACUCCGGCCUUUCACCAUGUGGAUCGUCAACUGGUUCUACGAUGUUCUGGCCUCGCUGGGUCUCCUCAAUAAGCACGCCAAGCUCCUGUUCCUCGGUCUGGACAAUGCCGGCAAGACGACGCUGCUGCACAUGUUGAAGAACGACCGUGUUGCCGUCUUGCAACCUACCGCACACCCGACCUCCGAGGAGUUGGCCAUCGGCAACAACCGCUUCACGACCUUCGAUCUCGGUGGUCACCAGCAGGCCCGCCGUCUCUGGAAGGACUACUUCCCCGAAGUGAGCGGAAUCGUCUUCCUGGUUGACGCCAAGGAUUACGAGCGCUUCCCCGAAUCCAAGGCCGAGCUCGACGCUCUUCUCGCCAUGGAGGAGCUCUCUAAGGUUCCCUUCCUCGUUCUCGGAAACAAGAUCGAUCACCCCGAUGCUGUCAGCGAGGAUGAGCUGCGCCACCAGCUCGGUCUCUACCAGACUACUGGUAAGGGCAAGGUCCCUCUCGAGGGUAUCCGGCCUAUCGAGGUGUUCAUGUGCAGUGUUGUUAUGAGACAGGGAUACGGCGAGGGCAUCAGAUGGUUGUCCCAAUACGUUUAAACAGAGAGUUCUUCCCUGUUCCCCGACACAACCGAUCCCCUCCCCAACCCGUCAACCCCAAAUCCAUAUUCAUUCCACUCGAGCAAAAGUCCAAGUGGAAUGAAAAUGGUUCUGGCUUUGGCUUCGGGCUUUCUCCGACAUUCCUCUAAACCCGAAACCCCAGUCCCGUCCCAUAUCUAGCUACGCUACACACAUCCCCUCCCACAAACCCGAUCCAACUUUUUACCCCCGGACGUAUCUGUACGUCUUGAAUGUGUCACUCGACAACGCUGUACCUCAUCUUGUCACGUUUAUUCAAUUCUUGCUUUUGUUCUGCGCUUUUUCUCGAGCUAGCUAGCUGGUUUUUCCUGGUUACUAUAGUCUAAAGACUUGAAUUUCUUUCUUC